AAGGUCUUUGUACAUGUACUAGUGCACCCUGCAAAACAAAAGAAACAACCUUUAACAACACCACCAACAAUGGGAGCACGAAAGAGACUCUCUUCUUCCGAACCUCCUUCUUCUUCUCCUCCCGCAACAAAUGAAAACACAAACACAAACACAACUGCCAAACCCACCAUAACAGACCCUCCAAUCGCGCCUCCCAAAUGGGGUCUUCUUCUGAAGCUCUCUCUCUUUUUGCUCCCUUACUUGUACCUCCUCUUUCACCACUACCCCAUCGAGCCGGAGCUCCGAAGUUCGAUCCUCAUCAACGCCGGAAUGAGCCUCGCGGGGCUCUUCGUCACGGUCAAGAUGAUCCCCGUCGCGUCCCGCUACGUCCAGAAGCGGAACCUCUUUGGGUAUGACAUCAACAAGAAGGGCACCCCUCAGGGAACCGUCAAAGUGCCUGAGUCAUUAGGUAUAGUUGUUGGUAUUGUCUUCUUGGUUGUGGCAAUCUUGUUUCAGUAUUUUAACUUCACAGCAGAUUCGAAUUGGCUUGUUGAAUACAAUGCAGCGCUAGCGUGCAUCUGUUUCAUGACAUUGCUAGGAUUUGUUGACGAUGUCCUUGAUGUCCCAUGGAGAGUAAAAUUACUACUCCCAUCAAUUGCUGCACUUCCUUUGUUAAUGGCAUAUGCUGGACACACAACUAUAGUUAUACCAAAGCCACUUGUCCCACACAUUGGGAUUGAGGUUUUGGAUCUUGGAUGGAUGUAUAAACUAUAUAUGGGGCUAUUGGCUGUUUUUUGCACAAAUUCCAUCAAUAUACAUGCUGGAAUAAAUGGCCUUGAAGUUGGGCAGACUGUGGUUAUCGCAUCAGCUAUCCUGAUACACAAUAUUAUGCAAAUUGGAGCAUCAACAGAUCCUGAAUAUAAGCUAGCACAUGCAUUUUCUAUUUACUUAGCUCAGCCCUUGCUAGCUACCUCUUUGGCUUUACUUUCUUACAACUGGUAUCCCUCUUCAGUUUUUGUUGGUGAUACAUAUACAUACUUUGCUGGGAUGACUAUGGCUGUGAUUGGUAUUUUAGGCCAUUUUAGUGAAACACUCUUGAUUUUCUUCUUACCUCAAGUUUUGAACUUCCUCUUGUCACUCCCCCAGCUUUCUGGCUAUAUUCCUUGUCCACGUCAUCGACUGCCAAGGUUUGACCCUCAAACUGGACUACUGACUGGGACAAAUGAUGGGACACUUGUUAACUUCUUUCUAAGAAAUUUAGGCCGAAAGUCCGAAAAGGCACUUUGUAUUUAUCUUCUUGCUUUCCAGGCUAUAGCGUGCUGUUUAUGUUUCUUGCUACGGUAUUUCCUUGCUGGUUGGUACAAAUGAAAGCACGAAGUGGAUAAAAGAAAAGAUAUGGAUGAGAACCACGCGAUAGGCUGAUUUUGUUGUAUAUCAUUUUUGUAGAAUAACUUAGUGAGAAUAGGCAUAUAUGUUGGUGGUGAAGGAAUUUUGUUAACUUAAAGAUUUUGCAUAGAUUUUCGUUAUCUGAAUGUUGUGUACUAAUAUCAACUUAGGGGGUGUUUGGUACAAGAAAAGUUAUUUUUUACCGAGGAAUCAAGAUUCAUGGGAAUCAUAAA